CAAGAGCAGCAGCAACAACUGCAACAACUGCAGCAGCAACAACAGCGUAGAGGAGUUGAUCAUUUCAAACAUCGCCACGUUGCCAGUAAAAGACUUCAAAACGGUUGCCUCACGGUUCGAGUGGAAUGAGCAUAGGGACUCAGGUCUUCCUUUCGAUCGAUCGGUCUACAAAGUCGUUAAACUGAGCCCCAACUUGGAGCCCUACCCCGCCAGCGUGGAGGGCCUGAACAGCCCCAGAGCGGUGGGGAUGGCCGCUACCUCCUAUAUGACACCGCCCAGCGGUGAUCUCGACAUGGCUCUCGGUGGCGGCGGUGGCGGUGGCUAUCACACCUCAUCGCCCCGCUCUGCGGCCGAUGCGGGCGAAAUGAAAUAUAUGCAGCAUCAUCAUCAUCACCAUGCCGCUGUCGCCGCGGCUGCUGCAUCCGCAUCGCAGCACCAUCAGCAGCAGUUGCCAUCGUCGCCAUCGCCCAAUGGCCAGGUGGUGGGUGGGGGGCAGGGCAACAGCUUGAGCGGCUUGACGCCCGGUUCGGGUCUGGGCAGCUGGAGUGCUUUGCAUCCCGAUCCGUGGUCGCUGCCAACACAUCAUGCGACGCAUCAUCAUCCCGCCGCCGCCGCCGCUGCCGCCGUGGACUCCGUUAAACAGGAGAUGUCACAUUUGUCGCAACAGACACGCAUCCAGCAGGGCAUGGCCUCGCCACAUGCGGCCGCGGCAUGGCAUGCGCCACAUGCCGGUCACUAUGCACCCACGGGUGGCUCACCGCUGCAAUAUCAUCAUGCGGCGAUGAACGGCAUGCUGCAUCAUCAUCCGGCCCAUCAUGCCGCUCAGGUGGCGCCACUGCAUCAUGCGUUGCGCGGCGAGUCGCCACAGUUGCACAUCCAUGCCCAUCACAUGGUCGGCGGUGGGGGCGGGGAUCGCGAUGCGAUCAGUGGCGGUGAGGAGGACACGCCCACAUCUGAUGAUUUAGAGGCGUUCGCCAAGCAAUUCAAGCAGCGUCGCAUCAAGCUGGGCUUCACCCAGGCGGAUGUGGGACUCGCUCUGGGCACCCUGUAUGGCAAUGUCUUCUCGCAGACGACAAUCUGCCGCUUCGAGGCUCUACAGUUAAGUUUCAAGAACAUGUGCAAACUGAAGCCACUGCUCCAAAAGUGGCUCGAGGAGGCAGACUCCACCACGGGCUCCCCGACGUCCAUUGAUAAGAUUGCGGCACAGGGACGCAAGCGAAAGAAACGCACUAGCAUCGAGGUGAGCGUGAAGGGCGCACUCGAACAGCAUUUCCAUAAGCAGCCCAAACCCUCGGCCCAGGAGAUCACAUCGCUGGCGGACUCCCUACAGCUGGAGAAGGAAGUGGUGCGCGUUUGGUUCUGCAAUCGACGGCAGAAGGAGAAACGGAUGACGCCACCGAAUACACUCGGCGGUGAUAUGAUGGAUGGCAUGCCACCCGGACAUAUGCAUCAUGGGGGCUAUCACACGCACCACGACAUGCACGGCAGCCCCAUGGGCAACCAUUCGCACAGCCACAGUCCGCCCAUGCUGAGUCCCCAGAACAUGCAGUCGGCGCAUCAGUUGGCGGCCCACUAG